AUGAGCGUUAUUGAACUGCUCGAUACUAAAUUCGACGGGACACCCGCUACUCAGUCGCCGGUUUCCAUUCGGCCUCAUGGCGACCGAACCCGACGGGUGAUGAUGGUGCAGCCUGCAUCAGCAGGCGGCAACUUCGAAUACAUCGCCAUCCCCCGCCAGGGCAUGCUGUUUCUCUCCGGAGCCCUGGCCCAGUGGGACGGCCCCUACGUCUACGAACGCGAUAUCUGGUUCGAAGAUCGUCUGGGCCGCAUGGAUCCCGACACGGACCUCGACAACAUCGAUAUCCUGAUGCUCACGUCUCUGAUCAACGAGACGCCCCGCGCGUAUGAACUCGCUCGGCAGGCACGGGAAUUCCACCCCGAACUGGUGAUUCUCGGCGGCGGACCCCAGAUGAGCCCUCUGCCCGAAGAAGCCAUUGCCCGCGGCGGCUUCGACGCCAUCGUCAACCGCGAGGGCGAGGACAUCAUCGGCCAACUGUGUGACAUCCUGCUCACGUGGCGCGAUGACCGCAAAUACCAGUACCUCGAGCGCGUGGCCGGAAUUUCCUUCAUGCGCGACGGGCACGUGACGCAAACCCGUCGCAAGGGCCUCGUCGCACCUGACUUCGUGCCCCUGCCCGACUUCCGUUCCAUCCGCGGCCUGUCUCCCAUCAAUCCGAUGGCCGGCGGCGUGUUGGAAACCGUGCGCGGCUGCACCGAAAACUGCUCGUACUGCCAGGUCAUCCAGCAGUUCCUGGGUUAUCGCCUCAUCGAUCGCGACACCGAGUUCCGGCGCCUCAAGCAAUUGGAGGAACUCGCCGCCGACGGUCUGAUCCAUACCGGCCGCAACGGCAAGUUCAACGUCUUCAUUUCUGACGACCUCCAUACUCCCCCGCUGCGGGCCGUGAAGUUCCGCAACGAACGCUUGGAACGCCUCAAGGGUUGGGCCAGCCGCACCACUUCCAUGAACAUGAUCUGCCAGGCUCGCGCCGAGAUCGGUCAGGAUGAUGAGUUGGCCGACGCCCUCCUGGAUGCCAACGUCAAGAUGCUCUACCUCGGCGUCGAAUCCAACAACGCCGAAAGCCUCGCCGCCGUUCGCAAGCGGCAGGAACCCGGCCAGAUGCAGAAGGAUCUGGUCCACCUUAACGAAACGGGCUUCUCCGUUGUCGCCAUGACCAUCAUCGGUCUCCCUUACGACACCGAGGAAUCCAUCAUGACCUUGGCCGACUGGGUGACCCAGCACAGCCGGUACCAGACCGCCAACCUCCUCACGCCGUUGCCCGCCACUUCCAACUGGGACCUGAAACCUCUCAACGCGGAAGGCGGCCCGUUGCAGGAGGGCGAGAUGCGGCCCUACGAGCUCUAUACCGGCCGCCAAUUGGUCCACGAGGACGAUCGCUGGAGCAUGGCCGAGAGCCGCGAGCUGUUCGACAAUUACACCGCCAAGCUCACCUCCAUCGACGCUCUCUAUGGUCGUAUCUUCCGCAUCCUCGGCAAUUAUCGGCUUCGCCAGGCCCGCGGCGUGCAGGACCUUUCCGAGGCCACGGAGACCAUGCGCAACUGGUCCCACCAGGUGGAACAGGCCGGCAAGGAACUCGGAGAAAACCUCAACCUGCGCGUCACCGAACUGUCCGAUACCCUGCGCUCGGUCAGCCAGCCCCUGUCCAACAUGGGCUCCGACUUCAUGGACAAUCUCAGGACCAGGAUCAACGAGACCUCGGAGGCCCUGCGGGUCUACGCCGAACGGGCCGACAGCGGGAGCAAAGACGUCGCCACCGGCAUCUCCAACCGCGUCGGCGAAGUGACCGAGAUGCUCAAUGGCGUCCUCGAUUCGGCCACCCAUCGGCGCAAUCCCAACCAGGCCAGAUAG